AUGAUUUUAAAUAAACCUUCUAUUUGCUUGAUUUGUGAUAAGGAAGCCUUUAAAUGGAUUCCUGUAAUUAUAAAUGAAUGGAAAAUAAAAUAUUUAUUUUGUAAUGAUGAGAAAUUAAAAAAUUGUUUUAUAGAUACAUUUAAUUUAAAUGAUACAGAAACAAAUACUACUAAUGAUAUUUUUGAAUAUUUAGAUUGUCUAAAUCCUGAAAAUGUUGAUUUAUUAUUUUUAUCUCUACCUACUAAUGAAUUUCAUGAAUUACUAAUAGAGAAUAUAAUAAAACAAAAAAAAUUCUUUUUUGUAUUCAGUUCUAAUCUACCAACACUAAACAUUGAAAAACUAAAAAAUUUUAGAACAUUAUUAAAUAAUUUCAAUAUAACAACAAACAUUAUAUAUGAUGUGAAAGAAGAAUUUAAAAAUAAGAAUAAACAAUUUUAUUGGAAUAUAUUUAAUCCUUUAUUAAAUGAGCAAGUAUUUCACAAUCUUAAAAACGUACUUAAUGAAUUAGGUUAUAUAUAUGGUGUACAAGCAGAAUCAACAUUCAUUCCUUAUUUUGUUGAAAAUGAAGAAGUUAAAAAUAUAUUAUUUUAUAGAUGUAUUUUAAUGAUUUCUUUAAUUGAAUUUUUAUUUGAAAAAUCAAAACAUGCUCUAGGAAAAUGUUAUUCUAUUAAAAAUGAAAAUGUUUCAAUUAACUGCAUAGCAGGUAAUGUUGUUUUUGAUUCUUUAAAUUGUAAUUUCAUUAUUUCUACUAAUAGUCCCAAUAAAAUAUUUACAUUAAAAAUAUAUGGAGAAAAUGGGUUUAUUAUUGUAUCUUAUAAUAAGGAACACAAUUGUUUUCAAUUACAACGUUGCUUAAAUCAUUAUGAGUAUCCAAGUCUUUUCAUAGGGGAUUCCCAGCAAAGCGCACUAAAUGAACUCAAAUAUUUCGUAGAAGAAAAAUUAUAUACAAAUAAGUAUGUUAAUAAUUACAUUGAUGCUAUGCAUGUUUCUUUAAAUUUGUGGAAAAGUGAAGGAGCAAAUAUAUCAUUAGAAAAUGAAAAUAGUAAUUAUACUAACGAAAAUAUAAAUAAUAAAAAAUUAGUUAUUGAAAAUAAUUGUGUAUCUGCAUGA